UAGCACUUUCAGUUGCGUCGUCGCGUUCCGCAGAGUUGAACGUAUUUUGUACCAGAACGUAACAGCGAGUACGAAAUUCGCGCGCCAAAUCGAAAAUCGCUGAAUUUCUUUCCAAAUUUAAAAUUUUGACUGCCAGUGCUAUUUAAUUUCUGAACAAUGGUCAGAUGAUUUAUUUUUAUUUUUUUUACAGUGUAGUUUAACGUUUUCGGACUUUGAAUUUGCGUUUGAAAGACUUAUUAGCAUUUAGGCAAAUUUUGGUCUCUCUGGCUGUGUUUUAGUUAUUUAGGUGUUGAAACUGCCAUGGCGAAUAUACUCAACUUCGCUGGUCUACUGGCGUUGGCUGUAUGCUCCUCACUCCUCGAGGUGACUGCCUACCAUGGAGCUGAUCUGCCCCCCGGCCCUUACUGUAGGAGAGGACCAAUUCAAUGCUGUGCAGAUAGGAAGGAUGACUGCUCACACGAAAUUCUUGGCACGAAAUGCUACUGCGACGAAUUCUGCAAUCGCAACCAUGACGACUGCUGUCCCGAUUAUGAGGAGGUUUGCCUGGGCAUCACUCCCACCACGUCUCCGAAACCCCCCGAGCCUCUCAUCACGCCUUGCUACGAGGGGAACACGAAGUACUUCCCGGGGGAUAAGAUCAACAGGGGCUGUAAUCAGUGCGAAUGCAUAUCCGACCCGUACAACCCAGCCAACACAACGUGGAGAUGUGACAACGACGAAUGUCUCAUGGACGACCACCUGGUCAGCGAAGUGAACUACAGACAGAACAAGUGGCGAGCAAGACGAUACAGCGAGUUUGAGGGCAAGAAACUGAAGGACGGCAUAAUCUAUAAACUUGGCACCCUGAACUUCGACCCCCAAACUCUGAUGAUGAACGUCAUCCGAUACGACAAGGAGAUCCAAUACCCGACCAGCUUCGACGCGAGGAGACAUUGGCCGACGUACAUAUCUCCCGUGAUAGACCAGGGCUGGUGUGGCUCUGACUGGGCUGUUUCUAUCGCUGGCGUGGCUUCAGAUAGAUUCGCAAUCCAGUCUCGUGGAGCUGAGAACGUUGUGCUUAGUCCACAAACCCUCCUGUCUUGCAACUGGCGUUACCAGGAAGGCUGCAAGGGCGGCCAUAUUGACGUUGCUUGGAACUUCGCCAGGACUCAUGGGCUGGUCGAAGAAGACUGCUUCCCCUACACAGCAUCCAUGAGCAAAUGCCGCAUCUCCAAACGUUUGGACUUAGCUGGUAACGGCUGCAGGGCUUCAGGCCAGAGGACCCAGCUGUAUAAAGUCGGCCCCCCCGGCUGGUUGAAGCAGGAAUACGACAUCAUGUAUGAUAUUAUGGAGUCUGGACCGGUACAAGCUGUCAUGACGGUGUACCAAGACUUCUUCCAUUACCGCGACGGCAUCUACAGACACUCGAGGUUUGGCAACAACUACUUCAAGGGUCUCCACAGCGUGAGGAUCGUCGGCUGGGGUGAAGAGGCAGGAGACAAGUAUUGGAUUGUCGCCAACAGCUGGGGUCCAGAAUGGGGGGAGAACGGCUACUUCCGAAUCGCACGCGGCGAAAAGGAGUCCGGUAUAGAAUCGUUCGUGGUCACAGUUCUCAGUAACGUGGUCAAAGCGAACAAAUAACAGCGGCGGAACACGCUGGUCAGGCCAUUAUGCGUGGUCACAAGGGCCUUGGUGACCAGGAGAGGGAUAGUGUUGUUGAAUAGUACUAUUAGCAGACCGAUUAAUUGAAUCUUUAAUAGUUUUUUUUUUCGAAUGGUAAUGUUUAUAAUGAUGGUUUUUACAAAAAAAAAUUCUUCGAAUGUCUUAAAAUAUUCUGUGAUUUUUUUUUGUAAGCGUAAAGGAUAAAAGACGACUUUACCUUCAUUGUAUAUUCUUCUAUAUUGAGGGCAAGAGCUAGGUAAUUGACCGGUAUAUAAGGUGCGCUACUCGUAUCAAUAUAAAUUAAGUGGAAACGAUAACUCAGUUAGAGUAGGCUCUAAAGACAGUAUAUUUUCACUUUGUAUAUCAUCUUAUUAUUCAAAUGUAUGCCCUUAAAAAACUUACAACAUAUAAAAUCUGUUAUUUAUGUAAGAAUUCAAUUAAUUGGUCUGUUUAUAGCGCAAGUUCAUAUAUUUUUCGUAACUUAAACAUUUUUAAUAUGUUUCUUAUUUUUGGAAGAAAUUUAUAUUGUGAACAUAAGAGUUCUAUUUUUUUAAUCUCGCUUUAGGCUACCAAAAUCACAUUAGUUAUUUAAAAGUAGGUAUUUUUUUGUUUGGAACAACAGUGUGGUAGUAGAACUUAAGGUCCGAUUACACCAAAGUCAGAAGUAAGUUUUAAACCUUUUUUCGCAAAAUAUUACAUUUUCAUAAUAUCACGUCUUAUAUCUUUUGGUGUGGCCGGGCCCUAAAGCAUUAAACUUAUGCUAACAGUUAUUCUAACAGUUUAAAAUAUGUGGAAUUAAAAAGGGAUGAAAAAUGUCUCAAUAGCUUCUAUUAUUAGUAUUUUGUUCUCUCUCGUACAAUAAAAGUAACAAAUAAACAAUUAAGUAUUAGGUUUAUUAAUUUUUUUAUGUGUAAAACGUUUGGUGAUAAAAAAUAUGGCGCUUAAUAAAAACUCGCUGGCAUGGACGCCAUGACAUUAGGAGCGCGGCGUCAAAAUUAAAGAAAGCUUCUACCUAUAUUCUUUAUGGUUUUUCAUAUCAUAAUAUAACUUUUUCUACUACCACACUGCAUUGCGUUGUCUUUUGCGAUUAAUAAAUCGGAUUGUGGUUGGUACCUACCUUGUGCACGGGGAAUCUCAUUACCGACGGUCCAUAUGUUAAUAAAAAUAUAGUAUUUCUAUAGAAUAAUAAAUGCACUUUAUACAAGUCGAAUUAACCCCUUACUCUUGCACAGAUAUAAAUUGUAAUAUUUGAUUACUUAUAGCUUAUUAGUUUUGUAAUGUAACUGCCAAUGUAUGUAGAAAGGUCGCAUUAAAUCCAGCGAGGUUAUUUGCGAACGUUGUUAAGACAUACUUUUGUCUUAUCUCACCUUUCUGCCUACCUGAGGUUGAUUGGAAAGAGAUAGCUACAUUUUUGAUAACUAAACUGGAGUAAUAGCCCAAAAUACACACCAUCUGCUUCUGGAUAUACGAACGUUGACAAGGAACAUGUCUUAUUAUACCUCUCUCUCUCUAACUCUGGGGUUAACCAAUAAGAUGAAAAGAGAAGACGUGAUUUCUCAACGUUUGUGAAUAAUGAGGCUGAGGGCUCCAAAUUUUCCGUUUACAGAAUCAACCUCUUUGUUACGAUUACCAAAAUAAUGCUGUCUCUUAUGCUUAUUUGUUACUUAGAAUACGAUCUCCAAACGAUUAGGAACGUAAGACGUAUAUUUUUGUAUGGUAUUUUGUACGGUUGUAUCAACUCGAUUAUUAGGGACUAUUGACAAUUAUAUGCAGCGACAUCUAUCGGCGACACGCGAAAUUUUUAUUUUUAAUACAGAAUAAGGUAACAGAUGGCGCUGUAUAUAAACAUUCAAAACUAAAUCGCGCAGGAAAAGUAUUGUACAUUGACGCGAAUAUCGCUAGUUUGUCUAUUUUAUCGAGUUAAAGGUAAUGUUAGGUCUCUGGAAUUGGUUUAAAGUUAAAACAUAAUACCAGUAACACAUCAAUUAUAUCCCAUAAACACAUGAAAGUUAAAAGAAAUCGAAUGCGCCAUUUUAUAUUACUGUCUCUUACCAACCGAAUGAUAACGACAAAGAUGGCGAUACAAAAUGGCGUCAUAUUUUUUUUAGCUUUAACCGAUUCCAGUGUGAAAUGUAAAAAUGCGCUUUGGUUUCCAUAUUUAUAUAUUUUUAUUCAAACACGUAUUUAAUUAUGUAUUUGAAUGUUAGUAUUAUUAACUGCCAUUUAAAUAUAAGUUUCUUUACUUGUAAACUUUGACAAAAGGCUUGACAAUAGUUAAGGCACUUUAAAAAUAUAAUGUUCUUUUUUUUUGCAGCCUCUUUUUAAAACAUUUUUUUUUACUAGUAAGUAAUAAAGAUAAAAUUCACAUUUGGUUUUUUUAUGUAAAUAAAUUUCUAACUUUUCAAAGGUUUAUAAGUGAAGACAAUUUCUUAAUUUAUAAAUUAAAUAAAAAAAAAAACUAGUCUUAGUCCAACAUUAUAACGUAAAUUAAGUAAUUAUAUAAAACUUAACGUAAAAUAUCGUAUUCUUUUAUAAUAAGCUCUUAAUAUAAAUUUACUUAUGGAAUGUAAUACGUGCAAACAGUAAAAUAGAAAUAAUAAAAUUUGGUCAUUAUUAUGCCAUAAGAAUGUUGGCUUCGUCUAACCCGCGAGGGAUAAUAGACGUGAUAAUAUGUAUGUAUAAAUAUGGUUAUUUGAGGAAUACAUGCACAAUUUACUAUAAUUAAUUUAAUAUAAUGAGUGGUCGCGACGCGGCAUUUAAAAAAAGCGACUGUAAAUUAACUAUGAAUUUGCCUUUUAAGAAAAAAAAAAUGUCGCGUAGAGACUUGUUUCAAUGUUAAUUGACCCUAUAGAUAUUCUUGAUAAUAUAAUUAUCUAUAUAUAUAAAAAAAGAAGUGGCCAUAAGUAAUAGUGGUGUCAAUUUUAACAAUUACUUAGUGUAAUUUCUAUAAAUUACUUAAUAAUUUUUAAACAAGUAUUUUUUUUUAACUAUCACAAGCACUAUAUAACAAACAAUAACAUAAUUUAUUAGUGAUAAUAGUUGUAACGAAGUUAAUAAAUGUUGGAAAAUAUA